AUGCACACCCAGUCAUACCUGAGCCUUGCUCUGGCCCUUGCGGCCCCAGCCGUCGUCAACGCCGUCUCUGGUAGCGGCCAUUCGACGAGGUACUGGGACUGCUGCAAGCCCUCCUGCGCUUGGAGCGGCAAGGCCUCCGUCUCGGCCCCUGUCUUGACCUGCGACAAGAACGACAACCCGCUGACCGAUCCCAAUGCCAAGAGUGGUUGCGACGGUGGUGGUGCCUUCUCUUGCACGAACAACUCGCCCUUUGCCAUCAACGAUGACGUCGCCUUUGGUUUUGCCGCCACGGCCAUCAACGGUGGUUCCGAGGCCAGCUGGUGCUGUGCCUGCUAUGCUCUCACAUUCACGAACGGCCCCGUCGCCGGUAAGAAGAUGGUCGUUCAGUCUACCAACACUGGUGGCGACCUGGGCAACAACCACUUCGACAUCAUGAUGCCCGGUGGUGGUCUCGGUAUCUUCGACGGCUGCUCCCCACAGUUCGGCGGUAUCCCUGGCGCGCGCUACGGCGGCGUCGGCUCUCGUUCCGAGUGCGAUGGUAUGCCGGGCCUCCUCAAGGACGGCUGCCAGUGGCGCUUCGAUUGGUUCAAGAACGCCGACAACCCCGACUUCACAUUCGAGCAGGUGCAGUGCCCCAGCGAGCUGGUCGCCAUCUCGGGAUGCCGCCGUGCCGAUGACAAGAACUUCCCCGCGUUUAACAUGAUCGGAAACUCGGCGCCCAAGCCCACGACCAGCAAGGCCGUGACGACAAGCAAGCCUGCCACUACUAGCAAGCCCGUCACGACCAUCAAGCCUGCCACGACCAGCAAGCCCGCUAAGACCAGCAAGCCCGCAGGCGGCUCUCCAUCUGAGCCCCUUGUGGCUGCUUACGGCCAGUGCAACUCGGAGAAGAGCUGGGCUGCGGCCAAGCCGUGCGCAAAGGGACUCCGUUGCGUCAAGCAGAACGACUGGUACUCUCAGUGCCUGCCUUAG